AUGUAUCGUACUUCAUUCAAGACUUUGUCUGCAAAGGCAGCUUCCCUGUUGGAUCAAGAAUUGAUGUCGACAGGUGGGUUCUCUAUUGACCAAUUGAUGGAACUUGCCGGUCUUUCGGUUGCACAAGCAAUAUACAGAGAAUACCCUCCCAAGGAAGUUGCUAAUAAUAAGGUAUUAUUUUUGAUUGGACCCGGAAAUAAUGGAGGUGAUGGCUUGGUGGCUGCGAGGCAUUUGAAAUUAUGGGGCUAUUACGAACCAAUUUUAUAUUAUCCCAAACGGUCCACUAAAAACCAAUUAUAUAAAAAUCUACUCACUCAGUUAAGGGAUCUUGAAAUUCAAGAGAUAAAUGACUUUGAUUCUCUUAAAGACCUUCUAAUUCCUUCAAAAGGAGCCAACCAAACUAAAUUAAUAGUUGAUGCACUUUUUGGUUUCUCAUUUAAGCCUCCAUUGCGUCCUCCAUUUGACAGUUUAAUAUCGUUUAUCUCAGAAAAUCAUGACGAUAUUCCUCCUAUAGUUUCCGUGGACAUCCCUUCUGGCUGGGAUGUGGAUGAAGGACCAGUUGCUGCCGAUAUCAAGUCAACCAUGCUAAUUAGCUUAACUGCACCGAAGCCAUGCGCGAGGUUUUUUGAUAAGGAAAAAAAGACCCAUUACUUAGGCGGAAGAUUUAUAAACCAAAAAAUUGCUAAAAAAUACGAUAUUGAAGAUCUUAUAAAAUCCUACAAAGGAGACGACUUAAUAACUAAACUAUAG